AUGUCAGGCCUCAUCACCUGCUCGCCAUGGGGUCUGCGAGAUCAGGAGGUCGGAGGUAGGGGUGAUCUCGAUCCCCUUUGGCUAACUCGACUACUUGAGCGUCAGGAGCCCUACGACACGGAGGUGGCGAUUCCCAUUGAAUCGACCGAUGUUGGUAGACAUUUGAAGAGAAAUUAUGCCAGACCUGCAAUUCGCAUGGGGUGA